AUGGCGGAAGAAGAAGAGACGAUACGACCGGAGUUUCCAAUCACAAGAGUGAAGAAGAUCAUGAAACUCGACAAGGACAUCAACAAAAUCAACUCUGAUGCUCUUCACCUCAUCACUUACUCCACCGAGCUCUUCCUCCGCUUCCUCGCCGAGAAAUCUUCUGUAGUUGCGGCGGAGAAGAAGCGAAAAACGGUUAACCUCGAUCACCUGAGAAUCGCCGUGAAGAGACACCAACCCACGAGAGAUUUCCUCCUCGACUCACUCCCUCUCCCUUCCCCUCAGCCUGUCCGCGUCACUAAAACGGCGUCGGAGAAGAAGCCGCCGCCUGUUGGGACACGUCGCAUCGACGCUUUCUUCAGUAAAGGGAAAGCGAAAGUUGGGGAAUGA